UGUCAAACGAUCUCGCACGGGAACGCCUCUCCGCACUCGGUUCGACAUACAACUUUCCGUAUUUACCGUUUGUUGUGACAGACCGCCUUGGUCUUCCCACCUUUUCCUUCUUGAGAGUCCUCCCCCAUCAUCUUUUGACUAAACCGAUCGUGUGAAUACCCGCAAGAAACGUGAACCUUCGUGCCCCUGAAGUCUAUCCGACAAACCCGCACUCAUCAUGUCGGCUCAUGAAUCUGGCGUUGACCUGAGCUUUGACAUCUUGGAGCUGGAUUUUCACGACUUCGAAAACAUCCUGAAGGAAGGCUGCGAUGAGAACGGCUUCUACACACUCAAGUCGAAGCCCCCCAUCUCGUCCAGGUGCAGACGCGGCUGGAGAAUCCGACCUUCUACCACGUCCUCCAGUCGCAGCGUAGGCAGGUGCUCCAGUUCCUGUCGGGCAGCGGCUCCCCAGGGGACGCUUCGGGCUCCGGACCCCCCACCCCAACCACCGCCCGCCUGGCCCCACUCCGACCCCGGGGUGGCCAUGAAGCCUACGCAUCCCGGUGCGCCCAACGCGAGCACGAGCGGCGCGGGCGGCAGCAGCAGCAGCGUGGGCGGCGCCGUGGCCGUGUCGGCGCCCCGAGUGCUGGCGCGCGGCCCUUGCUCCCCGGAGGCGGCCUCCACCUCCCGCACGGCCGCCUCCACGCCCGCGCCCUCCACCGCCCCCGCCUCCGUCGUCUCCUCCGUCAUCUCGUCGUCGGCCGCCUCGCUCUCCGAUGCCUCUGAGCUGUUAGACGAGAGACUAAGGCGUUUAGGUGCGUGUAACUUUAGGCCGUGUGUUGGCCUGUCGAGAAGCAUUUGUUUAGUGAAUGUUGACCUAACGUGAGCGCCCGUGUCGGUGACCUUGACCCAGC